AUGUCAAGCCUCACGCUCCGCUCUGCUCCGUCAACCCUGAGUUGCUGGGAGGGGAAUUUUGACCGCACCGCCGGUCUUACCCCACUUGCGGACGUGGUGACCGAGGACAGCCAGAGAGCCAAGCCUCCUAAAGAACAAACAAGUGAAACUUUUGUCUUGGCCCGCAGACAGAAAGAAAAGGAACUCCUCGAAUAUGCCGAUUUCUUGAAGCUGUACAACCAGCAACGCGCCGUCUAUGAGUGGCAGCAACGCAGCGAACAAAAAUGGCUGCACAGCGUUGUGCGGAGAAAGGUGGAUGCGACAGUGCAGGAUUAUCUGGCAGGGACUGAUGAGAGACGGGAGAGGCUUCGUGAGCUUCUGGAGGCAGAGGAAAGUAGGUACUUAGCUGAGAUGGAGUCACGUAAAGAAACGGUACUGGAGAAACAAGAGAAAAUGAGGGAGCAAGCAAAAUUACUGGAAGAGAAGAGAGAAAAAGAAAGACAACAGCUGGUGGCUGAAAAACGAGAGCAGCAAUUCAGAGAACAAUGCGAGGAGCUUCGUGUACAGUGGAUGAAGAAGCAUCAGAAGGAAUUGUGUGAAGACCGGCUGGCCCAGCUAGCUCUGAAGGAGGAACUGAAAAAGCAACAGGAGAGGGAGGAGCAGAUGUUUGCAGAGCUUUGGAAAGAGGAUAGGUUGGCUAAGGAAAAGCGAGAGGCGGUGGAGAUGCAGAAGUCAGCAGAGCAGAAUCGGGAAAUCCUGAAUGCGCUCAGUGCCCAGGUAGCGGUGCUCAGUGCUCACAAAGAGGAGGCGAAGCGGCUGAAGGAAGAAGAGGCUCGAUUGCUGGAAGAACAGCAGCAACUGCUUAAGCUAGAAAAUGAACAACUUCAGAUGGAGAAACUACAGAAACAGAAGGAAUGCAGGGAUAUGUUGCUCAGUGCAGUACAGGACAAGAAGAAUCGUCUUAAUGAAGAAAAACAAGGUGAACUUGCCCUAGAGAUGAAGAUCUUAGAAAAAUCUCUUCAGGAACCCCAGGAAGACACUGAGGAGAAAACAAAAAGAAAACAAGAGCUGUUCAAGGAGCAACAGACUUACCUGGCACACCUGGCUCAACAGCUGGAGGAGGAGAAAGAGCGAGAAAAAGAAGUGGACAAGCUCCUCAAAGAAGAGACGGCGAAGGUUUGGGCCAAGAAGGCUGAGCAAAUGCGAUUAGAAAAGGAGGCCAGAAAGCAGCUACUGAAAGAUGUCCUGGAUACAAGACAACUGCAGAUGGAGGAGAAGUUGCAGAGAAAUGCAAAGGAGCAGGAAGAACUUGCUCAAGAGAGGAAGUUAUUAACUGAAGCAAUCACAGAACUCAGACAUACAGAAGAAGAAAAAUAUGCAAGAAGAGUAAAGGAAGCAAAAGAAUACCAAGAGCAGCUCCGGGCUCAAAUUGCCUAUCGACAACAGGCCCGUGAUGCUGAGGAAGAAGAGAAGCAGCGAGAAUAUGAAUCGGGUCUAGCAGCGGAGAGAGCUUACCAAGAAAGAGUACAGGACAUUCUAUCAAGGCCUUGUGAGAAACUAGCCAAGACCCACCCUUUGAGAAGAAAACUAAUGUCUAACACUCAAGAAGAUAAAGUACAAUGA